AUGGGGCUGGGCCUGGCCCUCUCGUUAUUCUUCCUACUGGGGCCACAGCAGCGAGUUUCAGGGUUGCUGGAGGUGGACCCCCCCUCGGCGGAGGUGGCGGUGGCCCUGGGCGGGUCUCUGCAGCUCACCUGCCGCCUGGCGUGCGCCCAGCCCGGGGCGGUGGCGUCCGUGCGCUGGUGGGGACUGGACACCAACCUGGGCGCUAUGCGGCCGGGCGCUCAUCACAGCACGCUCUCCGUGCAAAACGCCUCCCUGGCGGCCUCGGGCACGCGCGUGUGCAUGGGCUCCUGCGGCCGCAACUCCUUCCAGCGCGCAGUGAAGCUCCAGGUGUUCGCCUUCCCGGACCAGCUGUCUGUCUCCCCGAUGGCUCUGGUGGCUGGGCGCGACCGGGAGGUGGCCUGCACCGCCCACAACGUCACGCCCGCGCACCCCGAAGCCCUCUCCUUGUCUCUGCUCCUGGGAGAUCGGAAACUGGAGGGGGCGCAGGCUCUGGGUCGGGAGGAGGAGGAAGAGCUGCAAGAAUUUGAGGGUACUCUGUUCCGGGUGACUGAGCGCUGGCAACUGCCCCCGCUGGGCAACCCCAGCCCGCCUGCUCUGCACUGCCAGGCCACCAUGAGCUUGCCGGGCCUGGAGCUCACCCACCUGCUGCCCAUUCCAGUCCUACAGAACCCCACUUCUCCGGAGCCCCCGGUCACCACCUCCCCCGACGGUACUUCCACGCAAGGCUCCACCCACAGCACCAGACCGCCCAGCCCCACGCCCGGAAAAAGCACUCCCAGGCCCUGCCAUCCCCACAUCCAGCAACUGCCCAUGCCGGGGGGUCUGCAGCUGCUGUGUCAGGCAGAAUGUGGCCCCGGCGUGACUGUGCGCUGGACACAAAUCCCCGGCCAGCUGGCGGCUUUUGAGAAGCGGGAGACAGGGCCCCGGGCUUGGCUGAAUCUGCCCGGGGCCAGGUGUAGUGCCGAGGGCUGGUUCCAGUGCCGUGCAGAACCCGGGGGCCAGAAGGCCAGCCUGCAUGUGGUCCCGGAAAUCUGCUCCCUGCCAAUGCCCGCGGAGCUGUGGGUUGGCACCACGGCCCUGGGGCUUCUGCUGCUGGCCCUGGUCACCUACCGCCUGUGGAGACGCUGCCGACAAGCCCGCUGACGCUGCCACCCCCACUCCCUGCCCUACCUGGACCUGACUUGUGGAAGGGCGCUGAUCCCUCCUCCCUGUGGCCGGCAUCCUGUCCUCUCGGAUGCUGCCGAUCAGAGGACAUUUGGCGGGUAGCCCGGGCGACCUUAUUCUGGUGGUCAGCACAUGCAGAUGCCCCAGAUGGUCAGGCUUCCCCUUAGGGGCUCCUGGAGAAGCAACCUUGUCCAAACCUGGAGA